AUGCCCAAACUUACUCCCACCAAAAAGGCCAAACUUUGGACCAUGUACGAGAAUGGCCACAAGACUGGUGACAUCGCUGCUGAGCUCGGCUACCAUCCCUCCACCAUCUGUCGCAACUACGCCAAACUACAAGAAAAUCUUGAUUUCUACACCAAACCGACCCGGACUGGCCGCCCACGCAUUCUCAGCCCACGCUCGCUGCGGCACACCGAGAUGUUGAUCAAGAGUGGGAAGGCCCGCGAUGCUGCCAACAUCAAGCGCUCGCUUUUCCCCAAGGCUGGCUACUCAACUGUCCAGCGAAACCUGGCGGAAAUUGGGUAUCCCGGACGUCUACGCCGUGAGAAGCCACUGCUAACCGCGGCUCAC